CAUAACUAGUUUUGUUGUUACUGUUGUCAACAACAGGACAAAUAAUUUUUCAGUAUUUUUUUAUAAGUCUUUAUUUUGGUUCCAUAAACGGAAUCCUUUAAGAAUCGAUUUUUUUAAGAGGGAAGAAUGUCAUCAUGUAAUAAAUAUAAUCCCGACAAGGUUUUUCACAGAUUUAAAGUUGUAGAAUUCCCGGCUUCGUUCGUCCAACUAUCGACGUCACAGGUUCUAGAUGUCCAAGUUGACCUGACCUGUUCUGCCUACCUCAAAACUAUGUGCGAUGGAAAACUCAUGAAAUUUGAUGAGGCACGUGAAAUUUCAGCAGCCCAUAGAGCGUUUGAAAUAACACAAGUAGAUGAACGAACACUUAAAAUCAAAUUUUAUCCGAAAAACGAAUGUAUCGCAAAAUCUAAAAAGAAACAACUUCAUAAUAGAUUUGUUUUUGACCUGCGAUUGAUACAAAUUAACGACGUACGGUGUUGUAAUGAUGAACAUCAUGCAGAAAUAGGCCGGUAUUACAUUAGUGGCCAGUAUGAAUACUGUAAAAUAUCCCAUUUCCCUAAAGUCCUUAAAUUUGGUGACGUCGUCUUUAAUCAAAAAGUAACUAAACACGUUCGUAUAAGUAAUGAAUCACAUUUAGUUUUCGCUAAAAUACACAUCGACAGAGUAACAGGUUUCGAAUUUUCACCUUCAAACUUUUCUAUUGCCCCUAACUCAUCAAUACGACUGACUGUAUCAGUCAAACCAACAGGUUUAAAAAUUGCGGAUAGGUUUACUCUUCAAAUACGAAAUCCACACGACUCCAUAGAGUGUGAUUCACCUGAAUCUACUGAUGAAGAUACAAAUUACAUCGCAUAUUAUAUUUAUAACAAAAUAAACAUAUCAUACGAUAAAAAACCAAAACAAGUAGUGGUUCAGUCUUUGCAUAAAUUAUAUGAUCAACUUCCUAAGUAUACCUAUGUUGACGAAGAAGUGGAAAUACAUAAGAAAAAGCUAGAGAAAGGAAAAGAUUAUUUAAACAUUUGCAAAUUGAAAUACGCAAGACCACCUAUACAUGAGAGAUUCACUACUGGAAGAGUCGAAUGCUAUUUAAAUACAUCAAUAAAAAAUGUAAGACUGGAAGACAGCUUUGGCAAAUACGUAAAGGGAAGAGCAACACCAUACGAUGUUUUUCAAAUUUCAUUUCUUCCUUUUACCAUUAAUUUUGGAAGAGUCGCUUUAUCUACGUAUGGAGAAAGUCAAAUAUCAAUAAAAAAUACUACCAAAUGCGAUAUAAGUGUAAAUUUUCUUAAUGAUGAAUGUGUUGUUUACACUGAAAAAAUGUUACAGAACGUUUUAAUAAAGCUGAAACCUGCACAAGAAACCAAGUUAACUGUAUUUUGUUUAGGAUUCGUUGAAGGUUUCUAUAACGGGACCAUGGAAUACAUGAUUGACUAUACAUAUAGAGGAAAACACCCUUACUCUCUGGAAGUAGGAAAUCCCUUACUAAGGUUAACAGAAAGAAGCUUAAAAUUCGGAAUGGUCUCAUCUGAUAGCUUUAUCACGUCAGUUCCGGUUAGAUUAUACAAUCAUUUCAAUAUUCCCGUCAAAUUUAGAUGGGACGACUUCCAACCAGACACUCCAUUUGAAAUACUUCCAAGGUCUGGCUCCGUACCAAGUCAUAGUUGCAAGAUAUGCAAGGUAAUGUACAUUUGUAAGGCUUCAAAAACGAAAGAUCACGAAGUUGAAUUGAUUUCAGAAAGCAUAACAACUCGGAGCAUACCCCUCGAAUUGAGCGUUGUAACACGUAAGCUAUCAAUCAAGUUCUUACAAGCAUCCGUCACAAUUAAAGACAUACCAUUAAACUUGCAGACCAUAGAGAAAGUAAAGUUGGAGAAUUCCUCAAGAGAGAUUGCUUUAUUUCAUGUCGUCGAGCCUCUAAUUCCGGGGAUAACAGUAGAACCCAUGAGUGGAACGAUCCGACCGAAAUCUAUAAUAUUUUUUGACAUCAUUGCCAAAAUAUCAUGUGUUAUGGAAUUUUCUUUUGACAUUUUAGUACGUAUUAAUAACAAAGAAAUAGUUGUUCUACCAAUAAGUGGCAACGUUGUUGAGCCCAAAGUUUUUAUACACCCAAAGAACAUUCAUAUGUCUCGUUUACCUUGCUAUAUGACAACCUAUGUACCAGUAACUUUUCAUAAUUCUGGUACCGUAAAAGCCGAAGUAGACGUUCUUGACACCGGUGAUGAUAAUAUUUUUAACGUUUAUGUUGCAAAUGGAAAUGAAAAACAGAGGAUCUUAAAUUUCGUUAUCGAAGGUGGUCAGACUAAAGUUGUUUUCAUCAAAAUAUACGACACUUUUAGAAGAGAAUAUGAAAUGUACAUCCCGUUUAGAGUGAAUGGACUUCUAGGUCCCCCAAAUCGCAGUUCUGUGUCAACUGAACUCCACUAUUACAUUGCUGAAUAUGAAAAACUCUACGAAAAUAAUGCAAAAGUAAAAAUAAAAACUGUAAAUAAGGAUAUAAGUUAUUGCCAUAUAGUUGGAGUGAUUACUUUACCGUGGAUCGAAUUUUCUGUUGACAAAUUUGAAAUAGACUUCAGCCAACAUGGAAAAAAGAAUAUCGAGUUCAACAUGAAAAAUAUUUCAAAGUAUUAUUUGUAUGUGACCGUGGUUACAUCAAAGCUUUCACCAAACUUCACUUUAGAGCUGAACGAAGUCGAGGAAUCCGAAGUCAUCAUAACAGAAACAAACAUUAAAUUUGAACUCAAUAAAAAGAAAGCAGCGUCAUUUAACUUGAUUUUUCACCCAAAAGGUUAUGGGAAAUUCGUAUCUACUGCCAUAUUAUUUUUAGACGAAAAUACGUCAGUUCCGUACUACAACUUAACGUUUGUUGGCAAAAACGAGAUUCCUCGAAUGACUCCGAGUACUUACAGAGUUGUAUUCCCGCCUUGUCAGAUAGGAGUCGAAAUCACGCGAGUUAUAACGAUUGAUUUAGACAUCAAAUCUGACUUAGAUUCAUUUUCUUGUUUUACAAAAGAGGAGUCAAAUCUCGUAGUGGAAUUCCUGGACUACAAUCUUGCAGAAAAAGAAGACAAAAUACAUACAUUUAUAACCGUCACAAUUAAAAUAUGUUGCCAAGUUCCUUACAUUGGAAAUGAGUUGCUUCAUUUUAGCCACGCGAGUGGAUCAGCAUGCGAUGUUGAAGUAAACUAUUGUGCUACUUAUUGUCAACUGACUUUACAUGCCGAUGUUUUUGUAAAACCAGAAGACAAUCCUUACCCAUACUAUCCUUUAAGCAAUCAAACCAAUUUUUACGAGUACAUGGAGAGCAGUACUGCGUUUUUAGAAAGAUGGAUGUUCCAGCAAGGUUUUCGAAGAGAUUUAAAUCCGAUACUUCCUGAUACUUUCCAUGCUAUAUCCCCUACCUUAUCAACUUUCUCAAGUACAAUAAAAACAAGGGGCAUAAAUGUUUCGUAUUUAAAUUUUGUACGAAGGAUCGCAGGCCCACUUAUGAAGCACGUGAGGAAAAUAUCAGUACACGGAGUCAACGAUACCUUUAAGUUUGUGAAAGAAAUUCACGAUACUUACAGAGAAGUUAUUGUUUUGUUGCAAUCACGAGGUGCCAACUUAUGGUUUUUGCAACCAAAAUUCUUGUUGAGCCACGAACAGUAUGUUAUCUACUCAAAAUUCGUGCAUCCUAAGAGCAAUGCUGACAUUAUGCUAACGAAACAACUGGUAACAGACGUUAAUCUAUUCAAUCGAUUAAACAAACAGAGUUGGUUUGACUUUAUUUUACAGACAUAUAAAGUGUUCAUAUUGGACAGCUGCUUCUUUGACUGUAUCUGUGUCAGUGCACAGCCCAGGGAUAUAGUAAAAAUCUUAGUUGAUUGGUUUAAUGAACAAAUCAUGAUACAGGACCACAAUCUACGUGGUAAUAAUAAACCUGUCAGACAAAUUACUAACUUAACCACAGACUUAAUCGAUGGUAUCGCACUGUCAUGUGCUAUUCUCAAUUAUUGUCCAUUUUUAAUUGAACAUUUCUCAUUAUUCUGCGAAAUACAGGAGCAGACCCGAGAAGGCGAUAUAAUUAACAACGCUUGUCUUAUUAUUGAAGCUAUGAACCAACUAAGACUUUAUUUCCCUCUAUCAACUAGAGACUUUUAUUCGCCCAAUUUCAUUCAAAUGUUGUUUUUGUCCAUCCACCUUUAUGUUAUUUUGCCGAUGUUCAAACCAAAAGGAACUAUCAGAUUUAAUCCACCUCUGCUAAGAAGUUCAUCGAGGCAAGUGGCCAUUGCUCCAAGUAGUCAAGAAUCGCUCCUCUAUACUUUUAUGAUUUUUAAUAACACGCGAAAUAACUUCUUGGUCGAAAAAGCUCCGAUUUGUGAAAACGGAAAGAAAAUGUGUCUUAAUGUCAGAUACACUGCUAAUUUUGUUAAUGAAGAAAGAUGUAUAUUGCUUGUUCACGGUUAUAACAAAACACGAAUAUUCGACACAUACAUCGUUUUUUUGCUCUUUGGAGAAGUUGGGUCGCUUAGUCCGGUGAGAAAAUGUAAAGUAACUAGCCCAUUGUAUCGACCGAAUAAGGUGGAUGUACAGGUAUCAUCGCCGUUCCCGGUACCAGCGACCUUUCGUAUAUAUUUGACAGAUAUUGAACCAACGAUUCCUGUAAACAUGGAUGAAAAUAACAAACCUAGAUUCUAUUUACGUCGUCUUAAUCUCAUUGACAAAGAAAUAAUGUUGACUGGCGCAUCAAAAGAAAAUGCUCAAGAUGUUUUGGAACACAAGUUGUAUUUACUAAUGAUUUGUCUCAGCACUCAAGUCGGAAAUUCAUGGAUUUGGUUUUCUAGCGAUAUUGGUCAAUUUUUUAUCCGAGUGACAACGCAACCGCGUUGGGACUUAGCUAUAGACAGCCUACAAGCUAAAGUGCGGACGUGGCCCCUAGAUCCGUGCAGCUGCGGGGAAGCUUGCGAGUGCUAUAGAACCACGGUGCUUAUGAUACCUCACCGAAACGACCUCAUGAUAAAGGCUAUGCGUUAUGCUCUGCUCGAGCACGCGUCUGACAGUAUGAUACAGAUAUUUGAUCGGUUAAUCGAGUCCGUGACCGGGAAAUUGAUUUUGGCCAUGUUGUUAGAGGAAUGUGGGACAACGAUGUCGGAUGUGCAGCAUAUACUGCGCACGGACAACACGUUCAGGAUCUCGUCGCGAGCUCUGAUCCCGCGCAUCGACCGCGUCACGCUGACUCAGCACAGCAACGCGAUGCUUGCGCUGCCUGUGACCAUACCGGCUGACGAAAAGUUUGAGAAGUACUCUAUAACGUUCACAUCAGAUUGCGGUAUGGAUAUACGAAUUUAUCGAAUAUUCUUCAUACCAGAUGGUACUUAG